AUGUGCUGCAGAAAUGAAACAAAUGAAGAUUUCAAUACCCGCGUUCGUCAUUCACUGGUUCGCAUCUCCAAACUGCAUGAAAUUAGUUCUCAAAAAAGGGACCAGCUCGUACUGAUUGUUGCUCACGCUCACACAGUAGAUAUUGCUGCCGGAACCUUUGCAAAGAGAGGCCGAGUAUCGUCUGAGAUUGACUUGUGUUGGGACCCCGUGAAGAUACCGUAUGGAAGCCUCCUUGUCCUAGAAAGAAUAGAGGGACGACGAGGAUGGACGCCUAAUCUGUACGCUGUGCCUCCGGUUAAUUACAGGAACGUCAGCACACAAUUCGAUCCCAACUUCCUUCUGAGAGAAGGUGAAAAACACCUGUGGAAAGAAGGUCACAAACAUGAACAUGAAAGGCAUGAAAAGCAUGAACAGGCCGCUGCAGCCAAGUGA